AUGGCACCACCUCCUUCUGUCCAACGAAAAAGCGAGCAGCAAGCAACUCUGCUCAGACAACGUAUGCAGAAGGUUCAAACGAGAGAACGAAUUUUGGCAAACAUCAGACAAGAGCAUUGUGCCAGAAAAGUGAAUCCCGUAUGGGCCGAAUCAAAACCUUCUUCUCCAACUAUUAAUAUGGUUAGCACAACAACUAACAAGGAGGAAAAUACUGAAACUGUAAUGCACUGUGCUCUCAAUAAUACACGUAAUUUUGUGAAACAAUAUUCUGCUCACAAUAGAGUUACACCCGAUAAGAGAAGAAAGAGAGCUCCAGUGUCAAAUCAAGUUCGUGAUUUAUCUGUUUUGGUGGCUAGCUUGGACUUGGAGUGGAAUAACUUCCAAACAGUACUCGAAUCUACCACACGUUUUAGACGAUUGUUGUCAAUUGAGAGAAAUCCUCCAAUUGAUGAAGUAAUUAUUUCAGGUGCUGUACCAUAUUUUGUGCAAUUCUUAGACAUUGCAGAAAUUCAAAAGUAUUAUAAUUGUGAUUUUGGGGACUCACCUAAACCACCUGGUUUUAAAGAAGGGGCUUUUGAUGAAAGCAAGAGAACUAUCAGUGCCUCUCAAAUACAUCAAUUACAGUUUGAAGCUACAUGGGCAAUCACAAAUAUUGCCUCAGGCACUUCUGAACACACACGUUACGUUGUUGAGUUAGAUUGUGUACCAAAGAUUAUUAAUUUAUUAUCAAGCGAAAACGAUGAUGUGAGACAACAAAGUGUAUGGGCUCUUGGCAACAUUGCAGGCGAUUCUGCAGCAUUGAGAGAUUUGGUUUUGACAAAGGGAGCAAUGACAAAAGUACUCAAAUUGAUUAACUCUGAAAACAGCGCUCGUGUGAAGCGAGAUGCAACUUGGACUCUUUCUAACUUGUUCAGAGGUAAACCUGUACCAGAAUGGAGCUUGGUGUGUGAGGCAAUUCCAACAUUGACCCAACUUCUCUAUUCUUCAGAUGAAGAAAUUCUUGUUGACACUUGCUGGGCAGUAUCAUAUGCAUCUGACGGACCAUGUGACCGAAUCCAGGCUAUCAUCGACAACAAUGCUGUUCCAAGACUUGUAGAAUUAUUAUCUCAUCCAAGCAGCAAUGUUCAAACACCAGCACUCCGAGCGAUCGGAAACAUUGCAACAGGUGACGAUCUUCAAACACAAACUGUGUUAUCCUGUGGCCUUUUGCAAAACCUACCACCUCUCCUUAAUCAUGCAAAGAAAUCAAUUAGAAAAGAAGUGAUGUGGACCAUUUCAAACAUUACUGCUGGUACCAAACAACAAAUUCAAGCUGUUAUCGAUGCAAACCUUAUUCCUAUCAUUAUUGAAAAGGUCAAAACUGAAGUUUUUGAGGUAAAGAAGGAAGGUUUUUGGGCACUAGCAAAUACUUGUGAGGGAGGAUCAGGUGAACAAAUUGAGUACGUUGUUCAGGCAGGAGUCAUUGAGCCAUUUUGUGAGGCUCUUUCUUUGACAGAUGCCAAGAUCUUAAUGGUUGUAUUGGAAGGUUUAUCUGCCAUUCUCAAAUAUUAUCAAACCUCUGAUAAACUCGCUGUGGUCACUGCUACCAUAGAAGAAUGUGGCGGCUUAGACUUGAUUGAAAAAUUGCAGACACACCCCAACAAUGAUAUUUACGAAAAAGCUUUGGAAAUUCUGGAAACAUACUUUCCUUCAGAAGACGAUGAAGAGUCGAAAACAGAUAAUAAUGUUGCUCCAGCGCCAGCCUUCUCAUUUGGAAGUUCUAAUCCAAGUGGAAAUGGAGGUUUUACAUUUUAA